GGCACCUCCCCCAGCGGGUCCCUUUCCCCCCAGCCCAGGACCGGGCGCCCCGCCCCCUCCCCAACCACCCCGGCAGAGCCUCUUUCUCCGGAACACCCCUCCUUGGGCCCCGCCGAAAGUUUGACUCUAGGGAAGGGUGACGCUCCCAGGCCCCCUGCCCCCCACCCCGGCAUCAUGCAUCGAACCACACGGAUCAAAAUCACAGAGCUGAACCCUCACCUCAUGUGUGCUCUCUGCGGGGGGUACUUCAUCGACGCCACUACCAUCGUGGAGUGCUUGCAUUCCUUCUGCAAAACCUGCAUCGUGCGCUACCUGGAGACCAACAAGUACUGCCCCAUGUGUGACGUGCAGGUGCAUAAAACAAGGCCGCUGCUGAGCAUAAGAUCUGACAAAACCCUCCAAGACAUUGUCUAUAAACUGGUCCCUGGGCUUUUUAAAGAUGAGAUGAAACGACGCCGGGAUUUCUAUGCAGCGUACCCUCUGACGGAAGUCCCCAACGGCUCCAACGAGGACCGCGGCGAGGUCCUGGAGCAGGAGAAGGGAGCUCUGAGUGACAACGAGAUUGUCAGCCUCUCCAUCGAGUUCUAUGAAGGUGUCAGGGACCGGGAGGAAAAGAAAGGUCCUCUGGAGAAUGGGGAUGGGGACAAAGAGAAGACAGGGGUCCGGUUCCUGCAAUGCCCGGCAGCCAUGACCGUCAUGCAUCUCGCCAAGUUUCUUCGCAACAAGAUGGAUGUGCCCAGCAAGUACAAGGUGGAGGUUCUGUAUGAGGAUGAGCCCCUGAAGGAAUACUACACUCUCAUGGAUAUCGCCUACAUCUAUCCCUGGCGGCGGAACGGCCCUCUCCCCCUCAAGUAUCGGGUCCAGCCAGCCUGCAAGCGGCUCACCUUGCCCACAGCACCCACCCCCUCGGAGGGCACCAACACCAGCGGGGCAUCUGAGUGUGAGUCAGUCAGCGACAAGGCUCCCAGCCCUGCCACCCUGCCAGCCACCUCCUCCUCCCUUCCCAGCCCGGCCACCCCCUGCCAUGGCUCUCCCAGCUCCCACGGGCCCCCAGCCACCCACCCUACCUCCCCUACUCCCCCUGCGACAGCCAGUGGGGCCACCACAGCUGCCAACGGGGGUACCUCGAACUGCCUGCAGACACCCUCUUCCACCAGCAGGGGGCGCAAGAUGACUGUCAACGGAGCUCCUGUGCCCCCCUUAACUUGAGGAAAGGGACCCUCUCCCUCCUUUUCCAGCCAUGCCUCUCCACCCCUCCACUUUUUCUGGGCCCCUCUUCCACCUCUCCUACUUGCCCCACCUCCUCCCGCCUUAGGGGUGGGGGGCGGGUUUUAUAAAUAAAUCUAUAUAUAUAUGUACAUAGGAGAAAUCAAAUAUACAUACUUAUUUUCUAUGGA